CUCCAGCAGUGUGCAGCUCAGCGGUUGAUCAGAGUUGCUCGGUAGCGUCUGUAGAGUUAAGAUGUUUGCCAGAUUCUUGCCUAGAAGUCCGCACGCGGAAAUCUAUACGCAAAUACGGAGUUUACUAACGGCUUCCAUAGAAAGCCAAUACGUUCGGGUCAACCAUGACGAAAAGUCUAUGAAAUUUCCGCAAAUUUGGCUACGAGAUAACUGCUGCUGCCCAGAAUGCUUCCAUGAGGGUACUCAGAGUCGCAUCUACAAGUUCAAAGUUGGUGUCAGAGCCGAGAGGGUAAGUUUCUCUUUGUCGAUUUGUCACGGUGGAGUUAUAACUCAAAACUAUUAUCAGGUUCAAGCUCUUGACGAUAAAUCUGUGCAAAUAGAGUGGAAUGACCGACACACCUCCGUUUAUAAUCUCAAAUGGUUGGGUGAACGUGACUUCAGCCCCGAGAAUCGGCAGAAGUACAUUGACGAGUUCUAUCGGUUGAAACAUGUUUUCUGGGGGAAGGAGGACUUCAAAAAAGAGUGCAAAGAGUUUGAAUUUGAUGAAGUUAUGGGAACGAAUGAAGGUCUUCGCAAAUGGAUGGAAGCCUUGGCAAUCUACGGAGUAGCAUUAAUUAAUAAUUCUCCCAAAGAAAAGACCACUGCCAGAAGACUAGCAGACCGGGUGGGUUUCAUACGAAAAACUCAUUAUGGAGAAGAGUUCAGUGUCAUGUCCAAACCAGACGCAAAGAAUUAUGCUUAUCUUUCAGCACCGCUUCCCUUGCACACAGAUCUCCCAUACUACGAAUACAAGCCUGGAUUAAACUUACUUCACUGUUUUACUCAAUCGGAAUCCUCAGGAGGACAGAGUCUCACAGCUGAUGCUUUCUACGUUGCUGAACGCUUGAAACAAAAGGAUCCUAAGAGCUACGAGAUACUCACAAAGGUUCCUGUUGACUGGAAUGAUAUCGGAAGUGAGGGAGGCGGCGAAGGAUUUCAUAGCAUUUACAGAUCACCAAUGAUAAACUUCGAUGCAGAUGGCCGUUACAACAGAAUCAAUUUGAGUAUUCCUCAACGCGACAGUCAUUUUACAGUGAAAUUGGAGGAAGUGAUACCAUGGUAUGAGGCGUAUUGGAAGCUGAUCGAAAUACUUAAAGAAGAGACUACAACUUUCAAAUUGAAGGAGGGUCAAUUGCUCACUUUCAACAACUUGCGAGUUUUACAUGGACGAACUGGAUAUGACGAUAAUGAAACAAAUGUGCGGCAUAUUAUUGGCGUCUACUUAGAUUGGGACAUUGUUUAUGCCAGAUGGAGGGUCUUAAAAAGCGGAAAAUAAAUAUACAAACUGAUCAA